AUGGAUUUAAAAGCUGAGGUGUUUUUCCUCAUUGUGAAGCUUUUAGAAAACGAAGGCUGUUCAAGUGCAGCUGAGUUGAUAAAAAAGUUUAUUGACGAGAAAAAAUUGUUACCUGAGCGAAUCAACACAGCUGGAUUAUUAUUCCACAAUACAUAUGACAACUAUGAUAGUCUCCAUAGCUUGAGUAGCCCGUCUUUAUUGGUAGAAUAUUAUGAGCUAUUGAUGAAGUUGGUGCACGAUGGCAAAAGUUGCUCAUCACAUGCGAAAACUUUGAUGGGAAUUCAAAGUAGGAUGAAAAGGUCGUUUCGUGCCAAAGGAACAGAAUUCAGUAUAGGCUUGAGUGAAUACAACAAGUCAAAAAAAUUGUUGUUGAAUCACCUACAUCGAUGCUCGAAGCUUCAGUUUCAUAUCCUCGCUCAUCGUACUGCUAUAUACUGUUUGGAGUUUGACAAACGUGGCAAAUAUGUUUUCACGGGUUCGGAUGAUUACACUAUAAAAAUCUGGUCCAUAAAAGGUUCAAGAAGUGCAUCAGCCUGUACUUUACGGCAUACUCUUCGAGGUCAUGUUGCAGAAAUAAUUGAGCUUGCUAUAUCUGCAGAUAAUCACUUACUAGCCUCAAUCGAUUCAAAUUGUUGUUUAGUUGUAUGGUGUUUACAAACUGGUCAACCAGUAGUAUCUGUACGCGGUUCACGUAAUAAUCGGGUGUUAUCUGGUCUUGGUUUUCUUACUGUACCAAAAGUGGUGCUUUCUAAAGAUGACGUUUUAUCUGAUUCCAGUGAGCGUAAGCAUCCUUCUGGUAUGCUUAUAGUAUCAUCUUUUGGCGGCUUUCUGCACAUAAUACCAUAUAUUCACACUGUUUACUGUAAUUAUCAUUAUCAUCAUUAUCAUUCUGCUGAUGAGUUUGGUAGCGCAACGAAUAGUUCUGAAAACAGAUGGAUAUGUUGUAAUGUUGAAUUACUUCCAGCGAUUCGUUUUACAACAGCUUCUGAAGGUACUCCAAAUGUAUUUUGGCCAUCCAUUGCGUGUAUUGACAUUAGUCCCGGUGGACUUUUAGUGGCAGCUGGUUGUUCAGAUCAGAAUAUCCGUUUGUAUCAAUUCACGAAUCCAUUAAAACCAGAACCAGCUGGUAUACUGGCUGCUCAUGAGGAAAGUGUGAACAGUGUAGCAUUUAGUCAUUGUGGACUAAAAUUAGCUACUGGCAGUUCAGUUGGUGCAAGUUGUUGCUUAUGGAAACUUCAAGCUGGCCAAUGGAGAAGUAUGAAGUUACAAUUUGGUAAAAGAGUGAAAUGUCGUCCCUGUUUAUUAGUCUGGUCUAUACACGAUCAAUAUUUAAUCUCUUCCAUGAAGAAUGGAUCUGUUUAUAUCUAUUUUGGACAUAGUGGACAAUUGGUUACAGUGAUUGAUGGACAUGAAGGCGCCAUUCAUGCUGUAUCUCCAUCACCAUUCGAUGAAAAUAUUUUAGCCACAGGUGGAGUUGACGGUCGUUUUCAAUUGUGGAAUAUUUCAAAUCUUCGACGUUAUGAACAGCAUAAAAAACAGUAUGAUGAAGAAAGUCAUCUGUUUGCUGAAACAACAACAACUGGUGGUCUUGCAUCAUCGAUAGAACAGCCUCUACUAUUUCAUCAUCGUUUCCCUCCUAGUGAACUGGAUGUUACACAAGGCUUAGUAUGGCGUUUUAACGAUCCUACAGAUGAUCAACCGAUAUGGCCUCGUGGAAUUCCAAAUCCUUUCAUCCGGAGAAAUACUCGUGAACAAUCAGGGUUGAUGGUGGUAGAUCAGACGACGAAUACAACAAGUGAGAAUAUUACUGGUACUGGUAGUACUAGUUAUACGUCUAAUCAUUCAUCAUCUCUUCGUACACUGACAGAAUCUCGUUCUUCUACUUCGGGAACAAGAGGAGGUGGUGGUGGUGGUGCAACAAAUAGUAAUACUAAAUUACAGCGAAUAACCGCCUGCCGUGUAUUACCUACAGCUGAAGGUGUUGGAUUCCUUGUGGUUACAAAGAGUGGUGUCAUGUCAUUAUUUUCUCCAUCAGAAGAAUCUACAUCUUACACUUCUCAGUCCAAUAACGUUGAGUCAUCAACACCAUUCGUUGAUGAACAAUUCCUUCACUGGGAAUUAGAUACAGCCGAAUGGAGAGAAGUUGUACCACAGAUGUCUACAACGCAUAACAACAGUGAUUCCAAUCUACUUCGUAUCUAUGAGAAUACUUUACACGUAUUAGGAAGUCCUCCAGCACCACAAACUAUCACUCCAGUAUCGAAUACCAGAGUUAAUUCAUCACGAAGAAGGUUACAGAACAAUAGUAUUAAUAGUAAUAAUAAUAAUAACAAUAAUAAUGGUAUUGACUCCAAUAAUAAUAAUAAUAGCAACAACAGAAUAUUAGAUCCAUCUGAUGGCAACAUUAGUAAUGUUCGUUAUACACCUCCACCUUGUGUUCUAUACGAGAUUAUACAUGCUCCAAGCGGUGUACCAUUUCAUCGAUUACCACCAGGUUAUUUAACAAAUUUCAGAGGAUUUCCAUAUCCAUCUAGACGUCAAAAACAAAUACCAGGUCGUAGUCAUUUAGUAGAACCUCUGGAUUUAUUGCCAUCAGUAACAUUGGAUGAAGAAACUGAUGAAGAUAUCGUUGUGGAUGAUAUUCAAUUUUGUUCAAAUAUUCCACCAGAUUAUUGUCCAUUACCACAAUUAUCAAAUAAUGAACCAGUACAUGGUAAAACGUAUUUAUGGUGUUCACCAUGGUUAACUAAUCAAACACCCUUAAUAGAAUCAUUUGAAGGAGAAGAAUUGAAUUUAAAAAUUGCUGAACAAAAUCGGAAAUAUGAAGAGGAGAGAAAUUUCUUUUGUGCUGGCGGUGAACCUGUUGUAUCUUUUGGCGAUGAUUUUACUGCUUCCAAGAAUUCAACUGAACAAAUAAUUAUUAUGCAACCUGAAGGGAAUUGUUUCCACCGAUCCCAGAUAUCAUCAUCACAGAAAUUACUUUCUCCAACUUCUUCUAAAACAUCACAGCCAAAAAUCAAUAAUACGCCAAAUUCUUGUGAUAUACUAAAACAUGAAAUAUCUGAUGAUGAAAAGCAAUUGGCAGAUGAAAAUGUAUCAAAUGUGACAACCACCAUCAUCACAAAUAUCAGUUCAGAUCAAAUUGAUGGUAAAGAUUCAGGCUGUACUCUUCGUGUGUCUACUAGGUCUUCAACACUGCUACAAGUUAAUCCUAGUCAACCUUCAGUCUGUCUUACAACACCAACAGAUGAUCAAGAUGAUGCUGAAGGUCAAGAUGAUUCUUCUGAAGAAUCUGAAUGGUCAGCACACAUUGAUGUUGAUAUCGGAUGGUGGAGAAGACAACGUCGUCGAAGAACUCGACGUCAAGUGGCCAUGAUGAAUGGAGCUGAUAUAUCCGCUUCAAAUGAUGCUGAUCAGAUAAAUUCUAAUGAUUUAGAUAGCCUAGAAAUAGAACUUGAUCAAGAUGAUACCAAUAUGGAAAUGAUAUUGUAUGAUGAUAUUGGUGAUGCAUCUCUUUCCUCUGGUUAUACAGAAACUAAUCAAAGUGGAUCGAAUAUGGAAGGGAAUGUUCGACGUUCCCUGCGUCAACAACGUCGUCUCCUGUUGAAGAGAAGACUUCUUCGAGAGGCGAAAAAAGCUGAAGCAAGAGCUAAAAAAGCAGAAAUUGAAAGAAGAUGUUCAUCUGCACGUCGUUCUCGUCGAUUUCUACGCCUAUCUAAUGAUGAUAGUAGUAGAAUAGACGAAGAUUCUACGAGUCGUGAUACAUGUAUGCCUGAAUCGUCUAGUCGUCAAUUCGGCAAGUCAGCGGAAGUGACUGAAACUGUAAAGAAUGAAGCCCUAUUGUCGAGAAGAGAACGUCUUAAACGCCGUCUAGUUCGUAGUGUUGAUUACGCUGUCAUGACAGGUAGUCGACUACCCUUAUCUAGAAUCCCAUUAGACUGUUACCUCUCUCCUAACUGUGAAGGUGAAGAAGAAGGAGUCAAUGAGAAUAAUUUUAUUCUACCGUAUACAAAUAUAAUUCGUUGGCAUGGUCCUUACUUUGAUUGGUUAUCAACGUUGGCGCCUGCUGCUUCACCGUAUCUACCACAGGCGGGUGAUCGUGUUGUCUACCUAUAUCGUGGUCAUCAAGAUUACUUAUCUAAAGCCUGGGAAUGUGGAAGUCUACCGUUGAUGGAAAGUUUAGCCAAAGAGGGAAAUAAUAGGUCAUCGCCACAACAGCAGCAGCAAUCACCUUGGAUAGUUUGGCCUGGUAUACCUCAAUUCUUAUGUUGUACUGUGGUCAAAAUCACUUAUCAUAUUGUACGUAUUGCUGGUAGUCAAUCGCAUUCAUCACGUCCCAAUACACGUUACAAGAAGACAAGAAAAAAUUCAUAUACUACGAAGUGUCUUCGACAAUCACAACAAUUAGUUAACUUGAAAGAUUUAAAUUCCACCUGCAAUGAUGAAGAUCAUAAAUUUCCAUUGUCCUCCGCCUCGUCCUCGUCGUCGACGUCAUCAUCCUCAUCAUCAGGGAAAAGUGAAUGUCCAGUCGCAUCGACUAGUUUCACGAAUACAUGUACACACUCACCUUUGCCAUCUUCAUCAGCCUAUGACAGUGGGGACAGUUUUGUUCGAUUGAUCACGCUACACCUGGAAAUUGAACAAGAGCAACCUUACAAGAAUUUAAAGUGUUAUAAUAAUAAUAAUAAUAGCUCCGGUGAUGGAUAUUAUUCUCACAAUUGUAAAGAACACCAGCCUACAACCAUCUAUGUCACUUACCAUGAUGUUGAUGGAAUUUUAGAAUUUAUUUUUCUUCGUCGGAUAUUUGAUGCAGCUUUGAAAAGAAAAUGGAAACCAGGUGACUUAUUUAUAUGUCCAGUUGGUGAUUCAUGGUGGCGUGGUUAUGUUAUCAAAAGUCUAAUGAUGAAUACAACAGAUACGCUGAUAUCACAACCGAGUACAUCAAAAAUGACAAUUGACCCAUCGGUGUUAUACGCAUCAACAACUUCUUAUUUGGUUCGUUGGUUAGAUGAGAAUGAACCAUCUCUAAGUAAUAAUAAUACAAUAAUAGAUAAUAUGAAUAACCUUCAACACGGUAAUGAUGGCAUUAUGACAUCAUUAGAAAAGUUACCAGAGAAUUAUGAUCAAUUAAAUGCAUGGGAUAUGUAUAAAUGGUAUCCAGAAAGUAGUGAAAUGAUGAAUGGUGGAACACUAACACCACCAACAACAACAUCAAAGGAAGAUAGCACCACCUCUUUAGAAUAUACUUUGUCCGGAGGUCUACUUAAUGGAUAUGUGUAUAUUUCACAUGAACAACUGUGUCUUCUCUAUGGGACUUCAAAAUAUUGGAAUGUAACUAAUCAAUCAGAUGGUGAUUAUCUAUCAGAAAUGAAACGUAUUGUUGACUGUAUUGCUCAGAUUUCCCCAAUGAAGCAACUAAAUAAUGGUGAUAUCAGAAUAUAUUAAUUGUCUGUCUAUGGAAGGACAGACUUCAACUUGUGACAGCAUCCAGAAGUUAUACUCUUUAUCGUAUUCCCAAUGUCAGAGCACAGUGUAGCCGCAUAACGGCAGUGCCUUCCUUUAUAUUUCCAAAAUAUUUCGAGGUAACUUUGAAGUCCCGCUGUAGUA